AUGUCUACUGGAGUCGGCUCCGCCCCGCAUCCGGAUGAGCUGGAGCCCGAGCACACCGAAGGUUUCAAGGUCGGUGAGAAGAAGACCAUCGACGAGUACCAGAAACUCGGUAAGUCGGCAGGCUCGAGCUCCCAGAACGAGUCACGGCGUGGUCAAAGUGCCCCUGUUUGAGAGCAGAAGCAUCCUCCUCAUGAGGACCGAAUGGCCUCAGGCAUGGCCCGAGAAAGUGAAGAAGCCCACACAUCUGUGCCUGUUCGCCGCACGGGAAGGAGAUGCCUUGGCACUUCCGGUGCAAUGGCACUGUCCAAAAGAGUCCUACAGCUUCCUUGACGCCACUUGCCCGCUCUCGCACUCGACACUCACAGCCAAUGGUCCUCCAGUCGAAAAACACACACCACUAACCUCACCUCGCAGACCAAAACGACGAAUCCCUCCGCAAAUGGAAGGAGUCCCUAGGUCUCGGCACGGGCACUCCCAUCGGCGACCCCAACGACAAGCGCACCGUCAUCAUCCUCUCCCUCGGCCUCGAAGUCGAAGGCCGCUCCGACAUCAUCAUCGACCUCGACAAACCGGGCGCCGUCGACAAGCUCAAGGACCAGCCCUUCACCAUCAAGGAAGGCGCCACCUUCCGCAUGAAGGCCCGUUUCCGCGUCCAGCAUCAGAUCCUCAGCGGCAUGAAGUAUAUCCAGGUCGUCAGCCGGGGCCCGAUCAAGAAUAAGAUGCAGGAGAUGAUUGGGAGUUAUUCGCCCAACACGACUGACAAGACGGAGUAUGAGAAGAAGUGUAGGUCCUUUCCCUUCAUGUCCUUUCCUCUCACUCCAAAGCUUUGAAAAUCCCUGGCUUGUGAUUCUAAUCCUCUCCCAGUCGAAGCCGACAACGCUCCUUCGGGCAUGAUGGGCCGUGGCCACUACAAGGCCGUCUCCAAGUUCGUGGACGACGACAACCAGACGCACCUGCAGUUCGAAUGGUCGUUCGACGUCAAGAAGGACUGGUAG